GAAGAUUUACAGGUUAAUUGGAUAUUUUAAUUUUAACGACCAAAACACGAUACCCGAAAGACGAAGGGUACCGAACACCGCACCGCACCAAAAUAGGUGUGCAACUGACGCCGUCUCAUUUUCUCUCUCCAUCUCUAUCAAACCCUGUAACAGCUCCGAUUUUCUAUCUCGCCAAACACAAUCCAAACUUGUCAAUCGAGUUUUCGAGAGCCGAUUUGAAAGAGAAAACAGAGCAGAGCAGAGCAGUAUCGACUCCACCUCCUCUAUAAGGUGAAGAACAAUCUCUCCCAUGAAUGACCAGGUAGCGAGUCUUUUGCCAUGAAAGAUCGCAGAAAACGUGGUUUAUUGCUAUCUUGGAACAGGUUCAAGUUCUUCCGAUACACACUCCUUGUCGUCUUCUUCGCUGGUUUUGCUUUCUCCACUUUUCGUCUCUUCUUUAGAGAUACGGUUCAUCCACAACUAGUCUCAUCAUGGCAGACUCCGGCGAUGAACCUUGUCUCCGGCGAGUCUCCGGCGAUAUCUGUUAAAGAAACGGUUAUCUUUCCAGACCAGGCUCUAAUUUUCCUAAAAUACCCUCCUUCUACUCCACUAUUCACCAAAGACGCCAUCGACUGUGUUUACUUCUCUCCCAACUCAUCCACACCACAAACAAAACUCUCGCCGAUGUCCAUCGACGGUGAUUAUCUCGGUCAGCAGAUCGUACGGUGUCCGCUUCAUCCACGUGGCUUCACUGUCUCCGUUGAUGUGAGAUCCAACGGCCACCUUUCGGUUGGGCCCACUCACCGCUGGGACUGGCUGGCUUAUGAGGCAAUCAUCGACCGCGACAACACCACCAUAGUUUUCGUGAAGGGCCUCAAUCUACGGAGCGGACGAGCCUCGGACCCAUCAAAGUUCGAGUGCGUGUUCGGCUGGGAUUUCACGAGACCAAAGUUUUUGUUCCGAUCAGAGGUUAUAUCCGUAGCUCAAGAGAUCGUACGGUGCAAAACCCCUUUGAGUAUAUUGAGUGGGUCACAGAUGGUUAAUGACUCAAUUAAGGUCUCGGUUCGGGUUACCCGGAGAGGCAUAUUGGAUUCAGUGGCCUGGCCUGAUAAUCGGGUGCCCCACCCACCAGCUAGGAAACAACAUGAGGUGUGUGUAUGUACGAUGUUACGAAAUCAAGCUCGAUUCUUGCGUGAAUGGGUCAUGUACCAUGCCCGACUUGGCGUCCAACGUUGGUUCAUUUAUGACAACAAUAGUGAUGAUGAUAUCAGUAAUUUGAUCGAGUCAUUAGAGGAUGUUGAUUUCAAUAUUACCCGACAUGUGUGGCCUUGGAUGAAAACCCAAGAGGCUGGGUUCGCCCAUUGUGCGCUACGGGCUAGGGAUUCGUGUGAGUGGGUCGCGUUUAUUGAUGUCGAUGAGUUCUUACACUUGCCUUCAGGCUUGUCAUUGCAUAAUGUCCUUGAAAAUCAAUCUAGGCCUAGUGAAGUAGCUGAAUUGCGGGUCCAGUGCCAUAGUUUUGGUCCAUCCGGCCUCAAACAGGUCCCGGUAAAAGGGGUGAUGGUCGGGUAUACAUGCCGGUUGCUUGCCCCGGAAAGGCACAAGAGUAUAGUCAAGCCAGAAGCACUAAAUUCCACACUAAUCAAUUUGGUUCACCAUUUUCACUUGAAGAGUGGGUUUAGGUACUCAAAUAUGGAUAGAAAUGUGAUGGUGAUCAAUCACUACAAAUAUCAAGUGUGGGAAGUGUUCAAGGAGAAGUUUUAUAGAAGGGUGGCAACUUAUGUGACUGAUUGGCAACAAGAAGAGAAUGUUGGGUCCAAGGAUCGAGUCCCGGGUUUGGGGACUAAAGCCGUUGAACCACCCGAUUGGUCUAGACAAUUUUGUGAGCUUGCUGAUACGAGUCUAAAGCAUCGGGUUCUAGAAAUGUUUAGUGACCCGCAAACCCAGAUGUUACCUUGGCAAGAGAAGCAACAAGAUGAGGAAGAAGAGCAACAAGUUUCAAUUUUGGUUGAGCAGAACAAGAAAAGGAGAGUAAAGAGUCUUGCAACAGUGCUCUUGUGACCCAUGAGAGACUUUCUUUUUUUAAUUUAAAUUGUUUUUUAUUUUAUCAAGAAAAAAAGAUGUUCUGAAGUGAUAUCACUGUAUCCGUAAGCUUAGGUUUCAGGGUAAUCGGUUACCGAUCUGAUUUAACCUAAUCCAUAAAAAGAGACCCACCACCCGGUAACAAUGGGCCUAAUUUAAAUUGUUUGAUGCUGUGAUAUAGCAUGCAGAGAGACGCAGGGAUUAGUUGAUCAUUCUUUUGUAGAUAAGAUUAAGAACACAAAAAUGAAAUGGUUGCGGUGUGCAUUUUAUGAUUAAUGUCUCUAUCUAGACAAAAAUGUUGCUACAA